CCUGGACCACCCGGAAAUCCAGGUGCGCCUGGUGGUGAUGGACAGUCUGGAGCACCAGGAGAUGACGGUGGACCUGGAGGAGAUGCAGCAUAUUGCCCUUGCCCACCUAGGAGUGGAGGUGGAGACAUCGGAGGAGGUAGCGGAGGCGGUGCUGGUGGCGGCAGCGGCGGCAGAUACGAUGCGAACCGUGCAGCCAGUGGCAGUUACAACGCCGGUGGUGAUAAUGGAGGUGGCGGUCCCCAGUACAGAAAGGUACUUCGUCGCGUCGUCAAGAAGCGCGUUGUCCGCAGGAAGCUCGCUAAGAAGGCUUAAAUGUACCUUGCACAUUAGAUCGAAUAAAAUUUGUAACGAAAUUGUUUUGUUUACAAAUUUGCAUUGUCUACUUGCCUGAUA